UCAACUACUCACCAUCAUCACGUUUAUAGGAAACUGCACACGGCACUUUGUUUUUAAGCGGACAGUUUUGUGUUAUCAAUCCUCUCGGAGUACACCGAAAAUUUACAGAUUUGUAAAGGAAGAUGACCGUGAUCUGGUAUCUGCUAACCCUUUUGAUUGCCAUUAACCAGGAUACACAGGCAAGGAACUACAAAAACAACAAUUUGAUGUUGCCGAACGAUUUUCUAUUCAACAUAUCGCAAAUAGUUUUACAAAGCGUUCUUUUUUGUGGACCUAAUAUUAUCUGCGACAAAUCUUUGCUCACUUUGUUGGACAUUCCAAACAUAUCGAAAUCUGACAGCACUCGGUGUGGCAAAUGUUUCUGCAAUGACAAUUGUGUAUUUCGUCAAAAUUGUUGUCCCGAUAUCUUCUUCAAACAUGGGCUACCAGAAUGCAAGAAUGUAAAAGUGUUAUCGAAGGGACCUUUGUUAGAUAAAAGAGAUACUAUCAAAGAAGUGGUGGCUUCUUGUCCAAUUGGAACAGACCUAACUUUAUCAGGGAAGUGUACAGAGGAUCGAUUUGAUGUAGACGCCCUUCUUCAUCCUCCAGUAGCUAGUGACGUAACAAUGGUUUCAUACAGAAAUAAGUACUGCGCAAUAUGCAAUAAAGCAACUUACUGGAAAGAAUGGAGUGUGAAGUUUCAAUGCAAAACAAUAACAGAUUUCAACUUCCUUUCAUCUUACCAAGAAAUGAUAGACCUGGCAUAUGAAAAAGAAUGUAGCAUAAUACCUAGUACCACAGCGCCGCUUUCAGAUUGUGACUUUGAUUUAAAUGGGAAGAUUACAUCCUGUAAUGUUACAGAGUCAUGGCAUAAUUAUGAUGAGCAGGUAAAACAAGCAUGCCUUAGCACUUAUGUUCAUCCAAUGGGCAUUUUCAAAAACAUUUUCUGUGCCAUAUGUAAUCCACCUAAAUUUCAUGAGGAAUUCCUGGUUGACGAGUGUGAAAACACCACCAGCGUAAACAAAACGGCAUGCACAAUUCUUCCAUUUCUAGAAGCUUCGUUUCCAUACAAGAAUUACUUUUGCUUUGCUUGCAAACAAAGUUUUAACAAUACCGUAAUUUUUGCUGACGUUGAUGUUGAAUGGACAUCCGAAAGUUAUAACAAGAACUAUGAAUAUCCAUUCCAAUUCACAAUAUCAUUUGCUUAUAAUUAUACUAGUUUAAAUAACUAUAUCGAUCAAUACUUCAGGACGUCCAAUGCAGAUCACAAGACCUUGCCACUGUUUACAGAGCAUUACAAACAUAAAACAGAUCAGGUAGAGUGUUCACCGAAAUCUGAUAACAUGCUCCCCCCAAUGGGACAAGGCAACUUCCAUGCCCCACGGUUCCCACCAUUUCUAAGACCUUCCCUCUCAUACAUGAAAGAUCCAUCCUCAAUUAUUGGAGUCCCUCCAACCAACAUAACCAAUCUAAUUCGAAAGAGUUUUGCGUUCUCGCGAUAUGGUGCCUGCACACCAGGAUUAUUGCCAAACUACACCAUGCCUCUGCAGAAACAAUGCUCCUGUACUGUGGGAUGUAGGUCAGAUUGUUGCGACGAUUUUGCCUUAAAAGUUCCUUGGACUUGUAUUGAUGAUCGUUACCAUAGAGAUGGGAAUAGCAAUGAUUAUUUAGCGAUUGGAGGAUGCAUCGACGACAAGGACUUAGAUGAUUUGUGCACGAGGAAUGUCACCUCACAAAUAUAUCACAUGUUUCCUUUGACAUCAAACACUGGAUACAAAGAAACAUAUGUAAACGUGUUCUGUUAUUUGUGUAACAAAAACUUUAACCAUAAAAAGCAAACUACCAUCACUGGAAACUUUACACAAGAAAUUGAACUUUGGCCAUUGAACGUUGAGUGCAAAACAUUUAUAAAUUACAGAAAUUUUCAUUCAUUACAAAAUCUGAUUGCAUAUUUUAACAGGAGGUCGUGUGUGCUGAAAUUUUUACCCCACACCAGUGCUUCUAAAUGCAGUGAUGCCUGUUACGAAGAUGAUGUUAACGCUGUCAUAAGAUGUAAUGUAUCCGGAACUUGGGAUAAUUUUGACAAAGACGUCAUUAAAGCGUGUGAGAAUAUGGGAACAUACAUAUUUCCACCUAUCGAAGUCGACAAUAUUGUUUAUAAAAACAAAUUUUGCAAGAUCUGCAAUCCCUUUCAAGCAACUCCAUUGCGUAACAACUGCAGUAGCGUUCCGGAAGACUCGAACGCUAAUGUUGUGAAAGCAUGUCAAGAAUUCCCGAUCAUCAAUGCUUGUUUUCCGUUUGAGAAUGUGUUCUGCGAAAUGUGUAUGAAUAAUAUCUCUGAGUCUCAAUGUUAUCAAGAAGUAAAGAUCAAAGAAGAUAGUAGAACAGGUUUUUCAGGACCGAUCCCAUCCGUUCCUCCCCCUAUCACCCAGAAUUUUUGGACGUUCAGAUCAUCGUUCAGUCUAAGAUCCUAUGAUACUCCGUCAAUUGUCAAUGAAGAGAAAAAACUUGCAACAUGUCAACAUACCCAGAUACUCAACGAGUUUGAGCAAACGUGCUGGAAUUUGACAUGCUUUCCUGGCAAGCUACUUCAAAAUGAAACCUGUGUCUCACUGUUGCCAAUGACAUCAAAUUUACGGUAUACGCUUGCCGUAAAGAUUAAGUUGUCUACUUUUAUUAUGAUUAAUGCAACCGUCCAAGAGUCUAUGGAAGGAAUGAAAGAAUACGUAACGACAAAAAUGAAACAACUACUCCGUACCGAUUUUUUCAUAGAAGAUAUCACAUUAAUGAGCUCAGUAAGCUGUGAUGACAUGUUUUUUAAUGUUAGUGAGGUGUAUUUGUACUUAGUGAUUUUCAUUGAUAAGAAUGUUUAUCGUGAUCAAUUGGAGCAGAAAUUGAUUGACUUCACAGAAUCGUCUUUUAUCUGGAAUCUGUCAAAUAAUUCAGCGUUGAUUGGAAAUACCAUCGAGUUAAACAUACAGAUUUCCAGAAUUGUACAGCCUGUUUUGAAGUCCACCCUCAUGUCGAAUUUAAAGAGGACGAACCACUGUUUUGUUGCAAAUGUCGAAGAAGACUACCUGGCUUCCAUGUUUGCAAAUGUGAUUGUGAGCCCCUUAUUAACUUGUCCACAAGUUCUUCUAAAAGAAAACGAAACUGAACUCGAUUGGGAAAACACCCUAACAGAAAAUACUUUCUUGAGUUUGGCGCCGUCCUUUCAUCACACUUCAGAUAAUGAUGGAAUUCGAGUAUGUGCUGGGAGCAUAUCCUAUAUCAAGGAACUAAAAUCAAAAGAAUUAGAUGACAACUUUUCAUCUCUGACAAUCGUUACUUUGAUUUGCAUUAUCGUUUCUUUGCUUUGCUUGAUUCUAACCCUGAUAACGUAUUGCAUGUUUCCCAGUCUGAGGACCCUUCCAGGAAUUAACAAUAUGUUUUUGGUAGCAUCUCUCUUUUUGGCACAAUUCCUUAUGAUUGUCAGACCCUAUUUCCAUUCAUCAUCUCUGGUUGCAGCCUCUGUUCUUUCGCAUUUUUCUUGGCUGUCAACGUUUCUAUGGUUACAGGUCUGUUCUUUUCAUAUGUUUCGUGUCUUCAAUGCCAAAGGUCGAUCAAAAUUUCUGGGAGGGAAAGGGAGAAAGCUGAUAGUCCAAUACGUUUUGUAUGCUUUUGGUGUUUCUCUUUUUAUUGUUACCUCUAACGUUUCUAUUUCAUUGAUAGUUACUAAUGGUGAAAACACAGGAUACGACAAAAUGUCAACUUUAAUGACAUACAAAAUUGCAUUUAUUACAACUCUCGUAACCCCCAUAGCUUUUGUUUCUGUGACAAAUAUCAUAUUUUAUACCUUCACUGCAUAUAACAUUUAUUCUUCACCAAAAAUUGAAAACACAACCGGAAAUAGGAUUCACUUCGGCGUGUAUGUGAAGUUGUUUACCCUGACUGGUUUGUCCUGGGUUUUACAAAUGGUGGACAUGUUUUUGGAGUUGUCAGCUUUCUCGUAUUUUGUUGCCAUUCUCAACGGCUUGCAAGGCCUGUUUAUCUUUGUCAGUUAUGUUUGUAACAGACGGGUAUGGAAGCUGUAUGUGACAUCAUGUUGUACAGGUACAGUGUACAAGUUUGUCUCUAGUUCUAAAACAGACACUACCACUAUAUAAGCCUUACUGAAAUGAUUGGACUUUGUUGAAAUGUUGAAAUCGCGAUACUCAUAAUUAAUAAAAUUUUGGAAACCAUUGCAAAUAAUUAUAAUAUAAGAAAAACCAUAUAAUUUAUCGGAAAAAAAAUAAAUGAAAAACCACGAAAAAAUGUCAUGUUGGAUUCCUACUUUCAGUGUUCUCUUCUCGUGGUUGAAUUCUUAUAAUUAUAGAUAGAAUUGACGGUAGUACCGGUGUUACUGGUGCAGUGUUUUUGUUCUAAACUGGAAAAACUGUAUCUAUAUAAGGCAAAACGACUGUCGAUAACAUUAUAAUGAUUUAAAAAAUAUUGUCAACGAAAUUAUUAAAAAUGAAAAUUAAAUUUCAUUUUCUGAUUGAAAGUAUCAUCAAACGUUGCUAUUGCGACAUGUAAUGCCAUAUCUUGUUGUUUUGACCUGUGGCUUUAUCAUUGAAUGUCGCAAUGGCACUGCAAGUAGAUAAAUUUUAUCAUUAGGGGGAUUGUCUACGUUAUAUUGUUAACGGUUUAUACUGUAGACCGUUAUUGCGAUAAUUUGUAUCAUUAAGUGUUGGAACUGCACCCCUUAAUGAUGUCUGCAUCAUUAAGGCUAAUUGUUGCAUUAGCGGUUUCUAAACGUCUAUUAUUUUUAAAAUUAGAAUUAUUUAAACCGAUGAUAAUAAUGUUCUCAAUAUAUUCAACAAUCUUAAUUAUAUUUAUGGAUUCCCUUUGGUAUUCUACCGUGAAACAGCUAUCAUUUGUCAAAUUAGAAUAGAAUAAUUUCAACCUGUUUGUUUCCGUAAUAAAUACUGGAGAUAUGCGGAUUGUCUUUCAUAUUCCUGUUCCAGCUCACCAGGCAUCGCCGACAGAUGAAUCGGCUGCAUGUUUUUAUUCCCGCCAGAUUCACCUCGGCGGUCGUUAACUGAUGAUAUCAACAUCUAACGAUUGUUUAUUGAACUCAGCAAUUAUAGCGACUGUCUUUACCGAACGGGUGAAAAAUUCUCGAGCGGGAUGUUUAACAAUAUAUCAUAAUCAAUUAAUCAAUCAACAAGUCAUUCAGUUUUAUGACACCCACAGCCAUACACUAGUCGAAAUCUGAACUGGACGAUUCAAAUUUUCGAUGUUUUAUGAUAUCCAUCCUUACUUGUAGCUGAAAAAAUAAAGUAUCACAAUUCCAUAAAUCACCUGAAAUCAUUUGAUUAGAUCUGGGAAAAAAUACUCAGUCGGAAACGUUUUAUGCUCCAUGACAAGGGCGCAUAAGAGGAAAAGUCUUAGGAAUGUACAAAAUUACAAUGAAUACGUUCAUUUUGGCUUGGUAUAUAUCAAUUCAAUGACAUAUUCUAUAAACAUUUAAAACAUUUCAUUUCCUUUGCUUUCCUUUCACUUUAACUGGUGCAUGGAAAAUACAAAUCCUUCAUCCAUGCAAUCAAUAUUGUGAUAUGGUCUAAAGGUAGGGGAUUUAUUGUAAUUAACAGAUACGAUAUAGCUUUAAAAAUACGACCUAGCGAAUCAGAUGGUUAUCCAGUUAUUAAACUAAUUACAGGAGGGACGGGACUCAGAUAGAGGAACCCUGCUAUCCGGCACCAUUAAUCUAUGUACAUUCUGCAGUACUGUACAAAUUGGUUUUUAGUUCACCUUAGGUGUAAGCUCAAGUGAGCUUUUCAGAUCACCCGUUGUCCUUCGACUGUCCGUCUGUCUAUAACCUUAUCACAUUUUCGACAUCUUCUCCAGAACCAAAUGCACUAGGCCAUUUUCACCUAAACUUGGCAAAACACAUCCUUGAGUGUAGGGAAUUGACGUUUGUUCAAAUUAAGGGCCAUGUCCACUUGAAAGUAGAGAUAAUCGCGAAAAUACAAAAAUAGGGUGGGGUCAAUUACCAUCUUUUGCACGGUGAAAGAAAGGGGAAAUAUUUAAAAAUCUUCUCAAGAACCACUGGGGUAGAAAAGUUUACAUUUACAUGAAAGCAUCCUAACAUAGUGCAGAUUCAGGUUUGUUAAAAUAUGGCCCCGGGGAAAGGAUGGAUCACGUUUGGUGCUCAGUUUUACAAAUAUAUUAGAAAAUAUAAAAAAAGUCUUCUUCAGAACCACAGGGCCAGACAAGUUUAUAUUUAUGUUAAAGCUUCCAGACAUAGUGCAGAUGCAAGUUUCUUAAGAUAAUGGCCCCCGAAUGUAGGGUGGGGUCGCAAUAGAGAAUAAAAGUUUUACAUACCAAUAUAAAAGGAAAAUGUUCAAAUAUCUUCAUCUCAAGAACCAAUGGAUCAAUUUUGUUUUUACAUUUACACGAAAGCCUUCUGACAUAGUGCAUAUGCAAGUGUGUUAAAACCAUAAUGGGAAAAUAUUGUCCUUGAGAACCACUAGGCCAGGAAACUUCAAAUUUACAUACCAAAUUUCUGACAUAGUGCAGAAUUAAGUUUGUUAAAAUGACAUGGCCUCCAGGCGUAGGAUGGGGCCACAAUAGUCCAUCAAAGUUUAUAUAAGUUUAUAUAGGGAAACUCAUCACACCAUUUUCUCAAGAAACGCUGGGCCAGAAUAGCUCGAAUUAGAGUUUGUAAAGAUCAUGGCCCCUGAGGAUAGGGUUGGGCCACAAUGGGGGAUCAACGUUUUACAUACAAGUAUUAAGGGGAAACCUUUAAAAAUGUUCGUUUCAAAAAUCACGCUGCCAGAAGAGUGGACAUUUAGAAGAAAGCUUCCUGACAUAGAGUAGGUUCAAGUUUGUGCAAGUCAUUGUCCCCGGGGGUAGGGUGUGUCCACAAUAGGCGAUCGAUCGAAGUGUUAUAUGCUGAUAUAUAGGGAAAAUGUUUAAAAAUAUCUCUUGAACGAUUUAAACUAGGGCUUUCAUAUUUUGUAUAAACAUUCUUUAUGGAAAGACCUUUCAUGUGAUUGAAUUGUUUGUGAUCUUGUGACAUUAACCUGGAGUUUAACCUACUUUUUAUAAAACUUUGACCUAUUCAAUAUCUCGACUUUAGAUCUUUCUUAUUUUGUAUGUAUAGUUCUUAUUCACUCCACUUUUCAUAUUAUAUACAUUUUUUUUAUUUUACUCUGUAAUUGAAUGUGUAUUAUGCUGAUGAGCCGUGAGACUUAAAAUCAAUAAACAAUACAAUAUUUCUUA